UCCACAUAUACCUAUUCCAAACUCCAAUACACUUCUUCUCAAAAUUCGACUUCUAACUAAACCACCAUGCGAUCAUUUGCAUCAUCUGUGAGCUUCUUCACUCUAUGGCUAAUUUCAAUGGCCAUAUGCGCUGUGGCUCAGACACCAGUGCUAGACACCAACGGCCAGCCUCUGGAAAGUGGGGUAGAAUACUAUGUACUUCCCGCUAUAACUGAUGUUGCCGGCGGUUUAACCCUGAUCGACCGCAACGAUUCCUGCCCAUUGUAUGUUGGUCAGGAACCCAUCGCACAAGUUGUGUCUCAGGGUUUUCCAGUCAUCUUGAAGCCGUACGCUAAUGAGGAGACGAUCAUCAGAGAGUCCAGAGACUUGACUGUUACCUUUCAAGCAUUUACUACUUGUAUCCAGUCUACUGCUUGGAGGGUAGGGGAAGCUGACCCAGAGACAGGAAGGCGAUUCAUUGUGACUGCAGGGGAGGCAGAUUACUUCGCCAUUCAAAGUAGUAGAGGAGGCUACAAUUUCGUAUGGUGCCCUACUGAGUCGUGCCCAGAUUGUGGUAGGCCAAGGUGUGGGUCUGCUGGUAUUCUGAUUGAGAAUAACAAGAGGUUGCUUGUCUUAGAUGGUCCUGCAUUUCCCUUCCGAUUUAGAAGGGCUUAAUUGAUUAUCUAUGUUUCGGGGAAAGAGACAAUAGCAACGGUGUCGUUUGGCAUUGAAUUAUUACGUACUGGUGAAUAAAUAACGUGGUUUUUCCAUGGUCAUUGUGUAUAUAUGCAGAAUAAAAUUGAAUGGGGAUAUAAAGAUGAUUUUGUAUUU